UGGGUAGAUAUCUUACACGGCACAUCCGUAGGAGACUCAUUUCUCUUUGUUAACUAUUUGCCGUAACGUCAUGGUUAAUAGGAUUAAAAAUUAAACAUAUGAUUUUACCAGUGCUAGAUUCCUGGACAGUUCCUCAACAACUUAUCACCGGGUCAGUAAUACGUUUAAAACAUCUCGCAGCUAAAACGAUUCCACGUUCUCCAACAUGGAAGACACAAGACCUUCGUGGGACAAUCCCUUGCAGUUCGUGUUCGCCUGCAUUUCGUUCGCGGUGGGGCUGGGGAACGUCUGGCGAUUCCCUUACCUCUGUCAGAUGCAUGGUGGAGGUGGAUUCUUAAUUCCUUAUGUCAUAAUGUUAAUUGUGGAAGGACUCCCCUUGUUUUAUCUUGAGCUUUCAAUAGGGCAGCUGAUGAGGAAAGGAAGCAUCGGUGCUUGGAAAGCAGUAAACCCAUUUUUGAUUGGUGUUGGCGCAGGAAGUCUUGUUAUAUCAUUCCUUGUCUCUGUGUAUUACAAUGCCAUCAAUUCCUGGAGCCUUUGGUAUCUAUUUCAUUCAUUUGAGAAUCCCCUACCUUGGGCUAGCUGCCCAUUAAACAGAAACAAGACUGGAUAUAUUGAGGAAUGUGCAAAAAGUUCUGCCACUGAAUACUUUUGGUACAGAAGGACAUUAAAUAUAUCUCCAACAAUCGAAGAUACUGGAAUUAUCCAUUGGGGAAUGCUUCUGUGUCUCAUACUGUCAUGGCUUAUAGUCUAUGUCUGCAUAAUUCGAGGCACCGAAUCUACUGGCAAGGUGGUCUAUGUAACAGCCUGCUUUCCAUAUGCAGUGCUACUUAUAUAUCUAAUUCGAGGAUUGACACUACAUGGAGCAACAAACGGUCUUAUUUAUAUGUUCACUCCAAAGAUUGAACAGCUGAUGGACCCAAAGUCAUGGAUUGAUGCAGCCACACAGAUCUUCUACUCACUCGGCCUGGGAUUUGGGAGCCUGAUUGCGUUUGCCAGUUUCAAUGAGAAAAGCAACAACUGUGAGAAACAAGCAGUAAUCAUUGCUUUAAUUAACAGUCUGACAUCCAUAUUUGCCAGCGUUGUCACUUUUGCCAUAUAUGGUUUCAAAGCUACAUAUAAUUAUGAAAGCUGUAUUGAAAGGACAAUUCUUUUACUAACUAAUACUUUUGAGCUGGAGGAGAGGGCAAUAACGCCAGACACGCUCAGCAAAUGGAUAACACACCUGAAUUCAACAGCACCGGACACAUUUGCCAGCAUUUCCUCACAAAUUGAAGUCUGCGACCUGCAGUCUAAUUUAGAUACGGCUGCUGAAGGUACUGGGCUUAUAUUUAUAGUCUUCACUGAAGCCAUUGUGAACAUGCCAGGACCAUCACAGAUCUGGUCGAUAUUGUUCUUUUUGAUGGUCUUGAUGCUGGGAAUUGGCAGCAUGUUGGGAAACAUGGCAGGAGUCAUCACGCCACUCAGCGACAUGAAGAUCAUUUCAAAGUACCUUCCAAGGGAGGUCAUGAUAGGUAUCACGUGCCUUAUAGCUUGUCUUAUAGGGAUCAUUUUCACCACUGAAGCAGGCAACUAUUGGUUUGUUAUAUUUAAUGACUAUGCAGCAACGCUGGCACUUUUAAUAAUCGUUCUGAUUGAAGUCAUUGGAAUCUGUUACAUCCACGGAAUAAGAAGGUUCCGGAAUGAGAUUAAAAUGAUGGUGGGACGAAAACCAAACUGGUACUGGAUAAUUACCUGGGUGAUCGUAAGCCCUGUUUUAAUUGUAAGCCUCCUGAUAUUUUAUAUUGUUGAUUACACCACAACUGGAAGGUUAACGUAUACGGCGUGGGAUUCAUCCAAGGGAAAAUCGGUGAAGAUGGAAUAUCCUACUUAUGCCCUGGCUGUAAUUGGACUCCUUGUGGCUGUUUCAAUAAGCUGUAUUCCUGUGAUGGCAAUAAUUGUAUAUAUCAAGAAGAAAGUGCAAAACAAAAGCCUACUAUAGUUAAAAAGUUAAUUGAACAUAUUAAAAUUGUGUUUUUUUUAAAGAAGUAUCCAUUGUAAACUAUCAUUUACUGUAAAUAGUGUCAUUAGUAAUUGGAAAGUUCUAUGGAGCAAGUAUCAAUUAGUUGUUUAUUCUAAACUUUUUUUUAAGGUAUAUCUGUAUAUUUUAAUAUAUUUGGGAAAUUACUUUGUUGUUAUAAGACAGACUGUGAAAUUUUAGAAAGAAAGCAUUGUUUUCUUGGGAUGGUCAUAAAUGCAAGUUCUGCAUUAUUAUUCAACUGCAUUUGUGAUCUUGACAAGAUGGGCAGCUCUGAAAUUUUCCAUGUGUUGGGUUGUCGAUUUACUGUAGUUUCUACUUUAGAAAAAUCUUUUAAAAUUUAAUAAUAUUCCUGUAAAGGGGCCCAGAAUAUUUUAAAACAAAAAUAACAUUGAGUCACAAAGAGGAGAUGCAAGAUUAAAGAGCUAGGAUUUAAGGAGGAGAUUAAAACAUGAAAUGGUAGGUAGGGACUUAAGGAGGAAAUUCCAGGGCUUUGGAUCUUGUUGCCUAAAGGAAGGAAUUGCCAUGGAGCAACUAAAUUCCUGAAUGAGUAAGAGGCCGUAUUUGGAGCACUGAGACUUUAGCAAUGCUGCACGCAAAUACAGAGAUAGGAGUGACAAAAUCACAGAGGGUUCAUUCAUAUAAAACAACAAUCAGAAGUUUAUAAUCAAUGUUUAACCACUUAGUGUGAGUGAUCAGUUUUGCUCAGUUCAAAAUUUAAUCUAGGUAUUUUAACCUAGUUUUUGCAACCAGUUAGACUUGAAGUAAGCUUCCCUAAGUUAAGUAGAACCACUGUCUUCCCAAUUUUCACAGAAGCAUGUGAGAUUCACGGGUGGAACUUGGAGGCAACAGGGGUUUGGGGCAGUGAGAGGAAAAUGGGCCCCAGCUUUCUUAACUAGAAUAGAGACCCAGGCCAAAUCAAAAGAUAACACUGUCUUUGUGGCAUAGGCUUUGCCUGAAGCAUGAGGUAGUCUCAAUGAUUACCACAUGGAGAAAAUUGAAUGCCACCUUAAUCUUGGAUUCACACAAACAAGGACCCAGCAAUACUGUUGCUAUCAGCACAUAACACUCAAUGUAGAAGCUACAGAUAAGGCCAAGGUAGAUUUCUACACCAGCUCUUGACAGGGAGUGGGAGAAAAACUAUUGCCGCAGGGUGACUUCAGUCAUCAGGAUCGUAAAAGAAGAAACACUGGCAAGGAGGGAACCGACGUUCGUCAGAGAGACCAGCCUAAUCUGCUCAGUUAUCUCCAGCAGCUUGACGCAAACAAGAAAGGAGAAAAAUCCAGUCUCAAUACAAAAGGAUCUCCCUGUUGUCUACCAGUGGGAAAGCCAUUGUCAGUAUUCUCAUCAACAGCCUCCAUCCAGCAGCCAAAGGGUCUCUGAAUCACAGAGCAGAAUCCAUCCAGUUAAAGGAGCAAUGUACCUGAUCUUCACCAAAUAUCAACUCAAGAAAAGAUGCAGGGCGGAGCAUCCAGCACCAUAUAUAAGUAUUUUUGCCAUAAUAAAAGCUGUUAACUCUAUCAAGCGUGACUGUGCAGCAUUU